AUGUCAAUCCCCAAUCAAGCUCUACAGAAGCUUGUUCAAGAAAUCGAAUCCCAAGCUCUCUCAGCACAGCGAGACAUCAACAUUGUCAAGACGGCCGUAGCAGCCAAGCAAAGAGACAUCCGGAUGCUGGAGCUUACCUCCACUGAGGUCAAGCAAUUAUCAAAGGACACAAAAGUCUACCAGGGAGUAGGAAAGAUGUUCGUGUUCAUGCCUACGUCCGACGUAGAGAAGCGGUUAUUAUCAGAAACAGCGGAGCUAAAGUCGAACAUCUCGAAUCUCAACAAAAAGCUGCACUCUCUGGAGCUUACGCACAAGAACAGUCGGGAGCAUAUCGAGAAGAUGAUUCAGUCAGGAGGGAGAUGA